AUGUUAUCGGACAUUCAGGUCUUCGUGAGAUGGAAAGAACAAACUAUAUUCGCCGGAGAAGACGUUGAAUGCACAAUCACAUUCAAAAAUGUGACAGAAGAAGAGGCAGGAAACGAGGUUGUUGGGACGACGAAGCAUUAUCGAGGAGGGUCUCGGCCUAUUAACACCGUCACGGAUGGGACCAACUACUCUCCAGCAAAAUCGCUUAACCCAUUUUCGUUUAAUAAUUUGCCGCGUCGCCCGCAGUCCUUGGGGUAUCGGCCUCGACACCCACAUCACAGGGCCUCGGCUUCCGUUGGCUCCUCUCCCAUCUUGAGCCAGAGCUUUCCUCCUACCACCCCAUCACGCACUAAUGGAGCUUCCAACACGCCAGACCAUUCUCAUAAACGAUCUGUUUCAAUAAUAUCUUUAGAGACAGAUAUUUCUCAUGACCGUAAACAGCUUCAGUCCCCAAAGAGUCCGCAGCCAGGCCGGCAUGCACGAUCAGCAAGUUUCCAAGCCCCUCCUAGGAGACAUGACCCUUACAGAGACGAGUUUCCAGCUGGUAUUAAUUCACUACUUGAUUUUUCAACCCUUUGUGUGAAACUCAGAGUGUUAAUUCUGGAUUUAGUGUCUCCCCGAUCUCCAAUCUCGAGAUUCUCGCCCAUUACCUCACAGUCCAACCUCUCCCUUCCGAGCACCAAGGAUGAAGCAGACCCCUACCGUUCUCCGAUCAAUAAUUCACCGGCAGCUAGAAGGACUCCGAUGCGCAGAGCACCACGCAAAAUGAGCGCUUUCCAUGGAGAUUUCAAGUUUCCGCAGGCUCCGCCUUCGCCUGAAAAUAAAACAAAUCCAUCCACGCAGUCGACCCCAGAGAGUCAAUACACCGAAUCUACUACUAAAUCUACAAUACCCGAUCAUAUUAAUGUAACUGCUGCCAAUGGGAAGUUGACAGCUGACCAGCCUCGCUGCCUUACGCCGGCAACGAAACUCUCCGCUGUAUCAGCGAUGGAGGGCAGUACCCGAAGUAGUACUGAGUUUUAUUCUCUUAGCAAUAACUCCACGGAAACUCUUGAUUCAGACUAUAAAUUAGUUUCUAUGAACAGGGGCCUUCCAAGGCAUCGAAGACAUCAAUCAAACCUCGAGCCAGCCAGGAACGGUCGAUCUAAUGAGUCGCAAACACUUCUCAUGGGCUAUGCCCAGAUCAACGCUUCAUUCACCGUUGAUGGAUCCUUACUGGAUCAAUCAAUCUUCGAGGAAGUAAAGCGUAAGGGCGUUGUUGGUCAUCACGGCAGCAAUGAACGGUCGCCAAGGCAGUCGAAGCCUAGAAGCGGGUUCUGGGGAAAUAUAGGGCUCAGCAGUCUGGGAAACUCUCUUGCAAGUUUGACUUCAACAGGAGAACUUGACGGGCUACGGGAAAUGCGAGGCGCCUCUUCAUCCAACUCUAUACCUCUACUAUCAACUCCGCAAUCCCUUCUUUUCGUCGACCUCCGUUUGGCGCCAGGGCAGGAAAAGGCGUUUUCGUUCUCAUUUACUCUACCCCGUGGACUACCUUCAAGCCACAAGGGCAAGGCUAUAAAAAUUUCAUAUAAUUUGGUUAUUGGAACGCAAAAGGCAGCAGCCAUAAAGGGGAACCAGCGACUUCACAAGAUCAAUGUGCCAUUCCGUGUUCUCAGUGGUGUGGAUGGUAAGGGCAACCCCCUCGUCGCUUUUUUAUAUGCUAUUCACUAA